AUGGAGAGUCUGAUUCUGCAAUCACUUGUUCCAGAUGAUGAGCUGAUGGUUCGCAAGUCUGUAAGCUAUCGUCCGAGGGUUGGGGCCGACUACUUUAUCCAACAUGGCCAGUCCGUCACUCCAACAUCGGAGGAGUGUGAUACAAGGAUAAAAGAGAGAGCUGCGGAACUGAUGGAGCAGAUAAGAAGCAUGUCCAUGGAUCCUACUGACAUCUUGCAAACUAUGAAUUUGGUCGAUUCAAUCCAGCUUCUUGGAUUGGAUUAUCGCUUCGAGAAGGAAAUAAGUGAAGCGUGGGACAUGAAGGUUGUUCAUCAAUUACCAGAGUACAUGAAGGAUUAUUAUCUAAAGCUAAUCCACACCUUUGAAGAGUUUGAAGAUUUAUUGGCUUCCGGUGAGAAAUAUCACAUAACCUAUUUGAAGGAAGUGGUACAGAUGAAAGAUUUAUCUAAAGCUUAUUUUGAGGAAUCCAAAUGGAGAGAUCAACGUUACGUGCCAACUUUGGAAGAACAUCUACGUGUUUCCCUAAUUAGUGCAGCGUAUCCUAUGCUCGAAUGUGCUUCUUUUGUUGGAAUGGGAGAAAUAGCAACUAAGGAGGCAUUUGAGUGGAUUACUAGUUUCCCAAAGAUUGUCCAAGCUUCUGCAAUAAUUUCUCGUAUCAUGGAUGACAUUACUUCACAUGAGCUGGAACAAACUAGAGCACAUGUUGCCUCCACAGUCCAAUGCUACAUGAAAGAGCACGGAACAAAUGUGCAAGUGGCUUGUAAGAAGCUCCAAGAUCUAGUUGAAGAUGCAUGGAAGGAUAUAAAUUAA